UAUGCACAAAUAGCAACCAUAAUAAGAAGCCUAGAAUUUCAAGCCUCAAAUUAAGAAAGCUGAUAGUUUUGAUGAGGAGGACAAACUAGAAGUACAUAAGAAGACUAUGAACCUAGAUAAUCAAAUAGGGCUACGGAAUAAAUGAGGCCUUAAAACUAGAUAUCCUCGAAUACUAUAAAUCGAGUCGACAAUAACAAGAAUUUAAAAAUCCAGCUGAUUUCAUUAAGCAUCGACUCGAUAGUAAAUAUGGGCCUUACUGGUUUGUGUUUAUGUGGGAUCGUAAGGACAACCUAAAUGCCUAAUUCAGUUAUUAUAAUAAUGACGAUAAAGUCUUUGAAUUCGAAGUAUAAAUCCAUCGCUAUCAAGCUUUAUGGAUGGCACAAUUUAAUCUAUUCAUUCAAUCAAGGUCCCCCUGUUAAAUAUUAGCCUCAAUCAAAUGGCCAAACCCUUCCUUAAUUUAACAUGUAUUUUGAACUUCUAAACUUAGGCAAUACAACAUGUAAUCUUAUGAUCAUAAUUAUCCACAAUAAGAUUAACAAUAUAACGGACCAUCAAAAUGGUAAUACUGAUUUUUAAUAAUAUUUAAAAAAUAAUAUGUUUUAAUAGCUAAAAUGACGUACAUCUUCAGCUUAAAUGAAAAAUAUAAAAUAAAAGAGGUGGAAAAUAAUAAAAUGAGAAAACCUCCCUUUGAACAUUGUUUGGAUUGUCCUAUCAUCAUUAAAUUGAUGGAUGCAUGUCCUCUCUCCCCUUUCUGGCAGAUAGUCUAAGAAGAGGGGUUAAGUGGUUUGGCAGAUGCAUCACUACUUUAUGAAUUAUUUAUGGUCAUCAUCUCUUUGGUACCUUGGAUUUGCGGAUUAAUAUUGGGAAUCUUACUAUUGAAGAGACGAGACAUGCGAUCAUUAAUCCGUGUUUUGACUCAUUUGUGUGCUCAUAUGUAAAUAGCAAUAUUAAGUCAAUUAUAGAACUUGCGAUGUUGUCAAAGUAGUUUAUUUCAAAGAGGAUAGACCAGAUGGCUCUUGCUCUUUAAAGUAUGGUCUACCCUCUUGUCAUUCUAUAUUUGCAGGAUUGUACACAAGUUGGGUUUUGAUUGAAAUAUUGGUUAUUGGAAUGAAACUAAAAACUAGACAUAUAAUUGCAGUGAUUUCUAUGUUAAUAGUCCCAUAUUCACGAAUUUACUUGAUAUAUCACACACUAAAAUAAUGUAUCUAUGGUUGGACCAUCGGAUUGAUAUUUGCUAUUGUAGGUUUGACAUUCCAUCAUUAAUGCAAGAAGAGAAGAAAGAAUAAAUAAGUUAAAGUCAAACAAUGA